AUUAAUGCGUGUUUGCUGUUCGGUUCGUUCGCGGUUUUUAUUAUUUUUAUUAUAAUACUGUGAUUUCUUCCUGAUUUUAUUAAUUUAUUUUUACGGCUGUAUCACAGACUGUGAAAACAUGACUCUAGGAGUAGGUGACGCCAGUAAAAAUCUCCCAUGGGUAGAAAAGUAUCGUCCGUCCAAGCUCGAAGACUUAGUGUCCCAUGAUGAUAUUAUUAAAACGAUAAACCAAUUCAUGAAAGAAAACCAAUUGCCUCACUUAUUGUUUUAUGGACCACCAGGAACUGGCAAAACAUCAACUAUUUUAGCGUGUGCUAGGCAGAUGUAUACACCUCAACAAUUUAAUUCAAUGGUCCUAGAACUUAAUGCAUCUGAUGAUCGGGGCAUUGGUAUAGUACGAGGGCAAAUUCUUAGUUUUGCAUCAACCAGAACAAUAUUUAAAGCUGGACCAAAGUUAAUCAUUUUGGAUGAAGCUGAUGCAAUGACAAAUGAUGCUCAAAAUGCCCUUAGAAGAAUCAUAGAAAAGUACACGGACAACGUGCGUUUUUGCAUCAUAUGCAACUACCUGGGCAAGAUAAUCCCGGCGCUGCAGUCGCGAUGCACGCGGUUCCGCUUCGCGCCGCUGCAGCAGAGCCAGAUCGUGCCGCGCUUGAAAGAAAUCGCCGCGGCUGAGGGGAUGGUAAUGUCCGAGGAUGGCGUGCAAGCUCUACUAGCCUUAUCUGGGGGUGACAUGCGCAAGGUGCUUAACACUCUCCAAAGCACGUGGCUCGCGCAUCGCUCGGUGACAGAAGACCACGUGUACACGUGCGUGGGCCACCCGCUGCGGUCGGACAUCAACCGCCUGCUCAACUGGCUUCUCAAUGAGAACGACUUCGCGGCUUGCUUCAAAAACAUACAAGAUGUCAAGAUUGCAAAAGGACUGGCGCUCAGUGACAUACUGACCGAGAUCCACACAGUAGUACAAAGACUGAAGCUCCCCCCCGAAGUGCUGAUCAGCCUGCUGAUCAAGAUGGCGGACGCGGAGGCCCGCCUGGCCAGCGGCUGCAGCGAGCGCGCCGAGCUCGCCGCGCUCAUCGCCGCCUUCCAGGAGGCGCGCGACCACGUCCAAAUGCAGCCCCAGGCGUAACCUCGGCAGCAAUGUGAGUCGAUAAACAAAUGACUAACCACAUCACUCGUACAUUUGUAGUGUAAGAGUAGGCGCACACCGUUGAUUUUUCGUCGGCCGAUAGUUUAGUCGGGCAGUUGAUCAGUAUGGGCAUGUAUGGGAGUGCGCACACUACGCCGAUUCGAUUUGGCCGAUUCUUCAUACAAAUUAAAAUCGGGCACAACUAUCGGCCAACUAAAAAUCAACGGUGUGCGCCUACUCUUAAGUCACAUCUGCAAAGCGGUCGUCUUUAAGUGAUUACUCAUAGAAACGGACUUCUUUAUGUGCUGGAUCAUACAAAGCGGACAUCUUAAAGUGCUGGAUCAUAUUAAACGGUACCUUUUUGAGUGCUUGGUCAUACAAAACGGACUUCUAUGUGCUUGGCCAUACAAAAAAGGUAAUUUUUAAG